CGUUUGUCGUCAUUGCUAGCAAGAAAAUCACAGUUCGACUUGGCUUAAAAAGAAUAUAAAACUAAAGUAAAAUGUAGUUAAAUUUAAGGGCAUGCUAACAAAAUAUUUUAAGAGAUGUAUUAAAUACUUUCGUAGCUAAAUGAAGCAGCUGUAUUAUAAUGCGAGUUGUCAAGGUAACGUGGACUGCAUUAGCUAGCUGUGCUAGUUAAUGUAUUAUCCACUAUGGAAUAUAUUGCAGAAGCGUUAAAUAAAGAAAUUAGGUUGCUGCCAGUUGGCUUAUAUUUAUUCGGUUAUUAGAAUACAACGCAGUGUUUCCAUACAGGACGGUUUAGCCAAAAUGUGGAAUCGUGGAAGCAGCCGCAGUUCAGCUCUGGACAGAGCAAAGGCUCAUCUCUCCGGACAGAGGGUCACAAACAGCGGAGCGUUAAGAGAGGAUCAGCGAAGAGAUGUUGUGAGUGCCAGCUUUGGAAAAGCUUCGCAGUCCAGACAGAUGCCUGUGCAUGGCCUAAGUGAACUCUCCUCAGAUGCUGAAAGUGAACAGCAAGAUUAUCAUGCUCAUCCUGGUAAAAUAAUGCGACAUUCCACAAAGCCAGUAGAACACUUGGGCAUGGGUGGUGGAAGUAGAUUUUUGAAAAAGUCUACCAACCGACAGUCAUCUCCUACUGACACAAAUGAGGUCAAAUUCAUCCCCCAGCGUAGUUCACAGAGUUUGGCACUAAGCAGACUCGCGCUUGUUGAAGAUCGCAUCAGAAAUCAGACAAACAACAAGCUUAGCAUAGACGCAGACUUAGACAGUAAUGAGCCAAGUCCAGCAAUGAGCCAGUCCAGCAAUGAGCUAAGUGCAGCUGAUGGGAGCUGUUUACUUAAAAAGAAAGCAUCUUCUCCUAAAGAUCACAAGGGGACUCAAAGUCCACAUGUAGAUAUUUACAAGGUCUCUGCACAUUCAGCGUCUCAUAAGCAAAAAGGUAUAAGUGUGGACAGUGAUGAAGAAGACAUGCGGAAACUCCUAGGAGAAUCUUUCAAAUCACCAGAUGGAGACUACGGCAUGGGACAGACAGCGCCGAGUCCUCAGCAGGCUGUUCAGACAUACAGUAAAAGAAGUAAAGUGGGUGUUGUGACGGCUCAAGAGCAUAAAGAAAAGCAUCUUGUUCGGUUAGAACUCGGAGACCAACGUUACAUGAGCCCCUCUCCAUCACCACUUUCAUCUCGUAGAGUCUCCUCAUGCAGCAAGUCUUUCUCCCAGAGAGCUGACCUCACCUCAUCUCUGUCUUCAGUGCAAGAUCACAGUGAGAUCAGGUCCCUUAAGGAGCUUUUUCCCUCUGAUCACGACGAAACGCAGAGUGAGAGAAGUGUGCUAUCUGAUGAUUUCAAGGUAAACGUGAUGACCCUGGAUGAUUUGGCUCCUGAUACCAUCAAUAUACCUGACUUAUCAAAGGAAAAGUCGGAUGCAAGUCCCCAGGAGCUCUGUGUCCCCUCAGCUAAAGUGAUCCUGCACAAGAAAGAAGAUUAUCCAGCACAGUAUGAAAGUGACUUUGAGAGCGAGAUCCAGACCGAGACGGUUCAGAGUGUGGAUGACAUCUCGGAGCAUCUCUCCGGUGAAAAUGAACAUUCCUUUGUAGCUUCUGAGCAUCAGUCUCUCAUAAAUAAAUCAAACCAUAAUGAUACACACUCAGAAAAAUCUUUCAAGUCUGCAAGCAUCAAUUAUCUUAGAUCGGAGUCCAGCUUAACCCACAGAAGAGGUUCUGAUCACACAUCCUACUCGACUGAAGACACACAGACUCACAUCAGUCCAAAGCGAAAGAAAGAUGCCACAGUGCAGACAAAGACAGAGGAACUCGCUUAUAUGUGGUCUUCUGGACAGGCUGUACUGGGCCCAUCAGGAGGAAUGUCCUAUAUGGAUCCAACACCUGUGGCGAGUCACAUGAUCCGUGCUGAAGCUGUGGAAGCCUUAACGGCGUACAGUCCUGCUGUGUUUGCUCUGAACGACAUGCUGAGGCAACAGCUCACACUGACCAGGAGCUUCAUCCAGUCCAGCAGACAUUUACACCAAGCCAUGCUGGAGUCCCUGGGGCCCGCCAACUACAGAUACACCACGCUGGAGGACACAAAAGAGUUUAUCCGCAGCAACAAGCCUCCCAAGCUGACUAUUGAAGAUGCACUGGAGGAAGUGUUGCAGGAGAUGAGGGACUAUCACUACAUUUGAAGUAAACAGUUUAAGAAUUGACACAAGCUGCACAAGAAGAUGUUCAUGUGCUUAAUACUUUUGUGUAAUGCAAAAUGCAUGUUAUUUUUUUAAAAGCUUUACUUCUGUGAGGUAUGUUUUUCUUGACAUUUUAAGAGCAACAGCUGGAACCUACUUGUUAACAUUGUUUUUAGUCAUAAAAAUGCAGUAUUUUCAUUAUUCCUGUGGGCAGCUGUGUGCCAUACUGGUGCCACAGGGGAACAUCGUUAUUGCUAUUACAGUUUUAAUGGGAGAUUGCACUGAAGAUUACAUACUCAUUACAGGGGUAUUCUCCUCCUCACUCCAGGAAGGGCUCGGACCAGCUAUUUCCCCAAAAUUCUUGACUAGAUGACUGUAUCUCCCUCAAUUUUGUACGCACCCCAUGAAGGGUAUAUCUUAAAAAUUUUGCUGAGUUGAGGGACAAACGCCCCACUCUUACUGUUUCGACAGGAAAAGUUAUUCAUCCAUGCACCUUUACCUCAACUAUUGUAUUUCCAGUCAAUAGGCUAGUCAAUUAGUGGUUCCUUUAUGUCCUUGAUCAUAAGCUUAAUGAAGCUUAGUGCCUUUAGCUAUCCAUAUUAGAUAAGGUGUUGUUAUUAGACCUGAAGUUACCUAGAAGCUAGUCAUUUAAUUGUGGCGAGA